AUGCUCUGGACAGAAAUGACCUCACCUCCAAAAAAACCUCCUUUGAAAAACGUGGGGGCUAAGUUUGGGGGUGCCAACUCGAGCUCGAUCGAGUUGGGUGUAAAAACCAGAAAAGUGGUCUUUUGGAGCAUUCUGGAGCAUAUGGGACAGAGGAGCAUGGAGGACUUGGCACAUGGACGCAGCUCAACUGGAUACGCAAAGGAAGAAGGAGGAAGCCAUCUUGAAGACCAGCUCGACCAUCUACUCGACCAACCGGUCGAGUUCCUCAACUCGACCGGCCAAGCUUCAACUCGAUCGAGCUGA